AUGGCUGUAGGUGGGGAGACAAAUUCGAUAGCUGAAGCAGUGAAAGGGCUGUUCCGAUUGGUGAGAGGGGAGCUGGCAGCACUGAAGGGGGAGCUCGCAGUAGUGAGGGAAGAGGUGGGCCGACAGAAUGAGCGAGUGUUGAUGCUGGAGGAGAGGAAUCAGGUUUUGGAGAAUGAAGUGAAUGCGUUGAGGCGUGCACUGGGUGCUGUGGGCGAGAGGAGUGAAGUGACUGCUGCUGUGGUGGAGAAGAGGGAGAGAGCAGAGAAAGAGGAGCUGAUUGGAGUGCAGGAGGAUUUGACAGCAAUGAAGGGGGAGGUAAAUGCAGUGAAGGGGGAGGUAAAUGCAGUGAAGGGGGGGUUGAGUGCAGUGAACAGGGAUUUGGCUGAACACAAGAAUGUUGUUACUAGAAGAAGCUCGUGCAUGUUGCUGCAUCACCCACCCACAUUGUCCAUUGCCUUCUCCCUCCGCAGACCCAUGGGAGCACGGGUGCUCGGGUUGGGUGAUGGUGGCAUAUGCUGCCAUCUGCACUCAAAUCGCAUUUCCAAAAAAUCUAUGCCCAUCCCCUCCAGCCCCACUUUUGCUUCCCCUGCCCUCCUCCAGCUGAUUCUAGCAGUUGCCUUGCCACGAUGGCAUGGCGAGGAGGGAGGUGAGACAGGUGAAGGGAGCCCCCCUCCCUUCUCCUUCCUCCCUUCAACACCCAUCCGUCCUCCUCACCCCCCUUACCUUUUCAUCUCGUAUCCCUUCUACCACUCCCUCCCUGCCAUAUCCCCGACCUCCUCCUCUGCCCGAGCAGCAGCGGCAGCAGUGGUGGCAAGAGCGGCACAAAAUGGGCAAGGGGGGGAUGGGGGGUUUGAGAGAGGGGAGCAUGAGAACUUCGCCCAUGCACUGCUGGAGGAGCAGCUGCCCAAUCCACACCCCCGCUUUACUGUUGUAGCAGCAUCAGCAGAGGUUGUGUCUGUAGCAACUCCCUCUCACUGCCAUCAGCUCUAUAGCUUUUCCUUCCUAUCCUCUCCGAGUCCCUUCCAGCCAUCAGCAGCCCAUUCAUGCAACACCAUCGUGCCAUGCCCGUCACUUCACCUCAUCUCACACUCUUUCAUCUGA